AUGGGCAUACACGACUGCGUGGGGGACCAAGGACACAUGUACAUGUUUGGUGAGGAUACCGCGAAAAGGGACACCAACGCGGUAUCCUCCUUCCUUCAUACGUAUUUCAAAGAAAACAGAAGUGGAGCAAGGUAAUUUUCCAUUUAUGUCAGGUUCCUGGUUUUAAGUGCUUUUCGUAAUAGAUUUUAUUUCAAUUUUUCCACAGAUCAUCAGAUCGUUAGCUAUUCAGAUGGGUGUCCUGGCCAGAAUCAAAAUCAGACUCUAUUUUUGUUUCUGGCCCACGUGCAGAGAAGUGGAAUGUAUGCCAUAAAUACCUGGUAA